AUGUCCACCUACAGAGCUGAAAUCUCAAACGGCCGCGCUGCCUGCAAAGUUGUCGGUUGCGCUAGAGCCAAGAUCCCCAAGGGUGAGCUCCGCUUCGGUUCCUGGGUCGACGGAGGCUUCCCAGGUUGGAACUGGCGGCACUGGGGUUGCGUAACACCUAAACAGUUUAUCAACAUCCGCCAAAAGCUCACGACCGACAAAGGCCUUGACAUCACAGCGCUAGACGGAUACGACGAACUAACGCCCGAAUUUCAAAUGAAAAUCAAGGUAGCUGUUGAGGCUGGCCACGUUGCCGAUGAGGAGUGGAAAGGAGAUGUCGCAGAGAACAGACCUGGCGCGCCUGUAAAGCGUAAGAAGGCUGCGAAGAAAGAUGACACCGAGGAGGAAGAGGUCGAGGCUGCCACGUUGGAACCCCCUCCCCCUUUCGCUGCGUUUUUCGUGACUUUAGAGGCUAUUCCACGUGCUGACGCGAUGACCAGUGAACCCGAGAAGCCAAAACGCGGCCGCAAGAAGAAGAAGGAAGUCGAGGUAGAGAUCAAGGAGAAGCCCGCCGACGUUCCUGCCGGCGAGUCAGAGGCCGAGGCUGAGACCAAGGCCGCGCCUAAGAAAACUGGCGGCCGACCUAAGAAGGUUCUCGCUGAACCUGUCGCCGAGCCCUCCGAACAAGAAGAGCCCAAGCCGGCGCCUAAGAAGGGCGGUCGCCCCAAGAAGGUGGCCGCCCCAGCAGCUGAACCCGAGGCUGAGGCUGAGGCUGAAGAGGCUGAGGCUGAGGUGGAGGCGGAGAAGCCAGCACCUAAGAAACGUGGCCGCCAGCCAGCGGCUGGAAGUGAGCCAAAGGCGAAGCGCGAGAAGAAGCCGCCAUCGGAGCCGACACGUGCACGUUCUGCCAGGACCGCUGCGGUGGCUAAGAAGAGCAUGAAGGAGGUCGAGGAGGACCACGAAGACGAGGAGCCGAGUGAGGAAGAGAAGCCUGUUCCCAAGGAAAAGAAAAAGGCAGCACCAAAGGAGAAGGCCACUUCCAAGGAAAAAGCUACCUCCAAGGAGAAGGCUACGCCCAAGGAGAAGACUACACCAAAGGGGAAGGCUGUGACUAAGGAGAAGACUGCGCCGAAGGAGAAGGCUGUUUCCAAAGAAAAGGCCGCCUCUAAGGAAAAGGCUACUACCAAAGAAAAGGCCAAAGAGGAGUCUGCAGCUAAGGAGGAGGCUGCCCCUAAAGAGGACCCUGCCCCACAAGAGGAAGAGGCCGCGCCGAAGGAGAAGGCGACAUCUAAAGAGAAGUCAGCGCCAAAGGAGAAGAAAGCUCCUGCCCCCAAGAAGCCCACCAAGGCUCAACUCGCCAAAGAAGCCAAGGAGGCUGCCGCUAAGGAAGCGGUGCCCGAAGCUGCAUCUACCGCCACUGAAGCUGCCGGCAAGUCCGCUGAGACCAAGGAUGCUGACGUUGAGAUGAGUGAUGCCGACGCUAUCCCAGCCGCCGAGAAGGAAGCCGAGGCAGAGGCAGCCCCCGAAGCCGAGGCCGCCAAACCUAAGAACCGUGGUGGCCGUCCCAAGAAGGUCGUCCCACCCGUCGUUUCUGCCCCAGCUCCCAAGGAAAAGGAAGAGCCUAAACCCAAGGCUACUGCUGGCAGGAAACGCAAAGCUCCUGUUGCCCCCGAGGAGACCACUGAAAAGACAGUUGAGGAAGAGCCUAAGGAGGAUGUCCCUAUGGUCGGCGACGAAAGCAUCGUUACCGAUGCCACCACUUCCGAAGAGCCAAAGAAGAAGCGUGGCCGCCCAUCAAAGGCCAAGGAAAUCACCGCAACAGCAAAGGCGCCUGCAGCCAAGAAGGGUCGCGCGACUAAGAAGGAGCCCACUCCUGCCCCGGCAUCCGCAUCUGAGGAGCCGGCAGCGAGCACAGAACGCAAGAGCAUCUUUGGCGGCGACGCCGCGGAGCCAACUCCUGCUGCUGCCCCCACGGCCGACGCCGCUGCUACUGAGGCUGCUGCAACAGCCACCGCUACUACCACUGCGUAA